AUGAGAAGCUCCAUAAGAAUAGGGCUCUUGCGCUCGAUGCUUGAAAGCGAAUGGAAAAGGUCUGUUUCAGUGUCCUGGAAGCAGCGAAGAUGGGUGAAUCCUGCAAGAUAUCAUAGUACAUCAGCAAACGAGGGCACCAAUAAUCAUCAACGAGUAGUGGACCUUAUUAAAAAAUUGCAAUCAUAUGGUGCUUCAAAGGAUUCAAACAUUACUCAUGCCUUGAAUGCAUGUGGUGACUUGAAGUUGCAAAAAGAUCACAAUGAAGAAAUGGAAAAUUUACAAGAUUUGUUGAUGUCAAUUGUAGCCAAAGAGAAAUCACUAGACAAAGAAAGUAUAUUGGCCAAAUUGACCGUUCUAUAUGGUAAUAGUCACAACAGGUGCAGCAAAAUAAUCUAUUUGAAUGUUUUGAUACGCUGUAACUUGUAUUUUCAUAGACUACACGAAGCAUACACAUUGACUUUGGGCAAUUUACAGCAAGAGACAAAGCCUCCUAUGAUAUCAAACGGAACACUUGAGUUGAUGAUUGCCAAUUUGUUGCAACAAGAGUAUAUUGAUCCAGCAUUCAAAAUUGCUUUUGAUGGCUCAGACCAUAAGUUGACUUCUAGAAUAUGGAAUCUUAUGUUAUUCAAAGGUCUCAGUGCUGGUGACAUUAAUACCAGGGGACUAACCUGGCUUUGGAACCAGCGGAUAGUAAAACAGUCAGUAACGUACUUAUCGAACGGGCUGAUUUCAAGACUUGCCGAUGUAUUUUCAACUUGCCCUUCAUCAUAUUCAGGGAAGGUAUAUUCCGUGAAAUCACACUUCCUCAAAAAAAACAACUUGAAAAUGAAAAAUGUAUUCAAAAGUUUAUUGAUUUCAUAUUAUAAUUCUUUCACUGAUUUCAAGUCGUCAUUUGUUCGCAUAUACGAAACGUGGUCAAUGAAGGUAAAAGCCAUUGAAUAUCAGGAUGUCAAUUCACCUAAUAACAGAUAUUUGCCUUCAAUGUACGGUAUCUGGGAUUUUGGUUUGAAAGCUAGCGACUUUCCACAAAUUACUGAAAGCAUGAGAAAAUAUAAUAGCCUCGAUGAUUUUGAUAAAAUUUUUAAUGUUUCUUCAACAACGGCUUAUCAUGAUACGGAAGCUCCAUCCCUCAUGGGGAUCGCGCGUGAUUUACAUCAGAAAUCGAACGAAAUACCAUUUUUGGAAUCAAGUUUCCCGUCAUUGAGUACCCUAUUAUAUAACAUUUACUUGUCGCAUGUGGUAGAUAAGAAGUUAGAGAUGCGAAACCUUUCAAGAGAAUCAUUUUCGAUAUUAAAAUUGAUCGAUAUUACUGGCAAGGCCACUCAAAGAUAUCGAUUCACACUUAAUCACGAAUCUUUCACAUAUCUUUUCAAAGCAGCUCUCAUUGAUGAUGGUACUGAUUCACUAAUGUAUGUUUUACAAUUUUGGAAAAAUUAUAAGCAAGAGAUGGAUAAAAUACACCUCAGCCCAGUGAUAGCCAAUAGCAUAUUAGAAAGAAUAUUUCAAAAUGGAAAGUUGGCUGAAAAUACAGCUGUUUAUUAUCAAAUGAUCAUUGAAGACCUAAAAAGAAAUGGCUAUGAGGUUACAGAGAGUUUCUUGAAUGUUUUGAGACUGUCCUUGCAAAGAUGA